AUGUCUUCACCGGCCUCCUCCCGUCGAAGGGGUCGCCCAACGAGGGACUCGGCCACCGAUUCUCCUGCCCGCUCGACUCGCUCUCGCCAGCAACCCCAGACUAGCAGUCCAACUCCCGGAGGAGAUGACCAGUUGCAGACAACCCCUCGUGCUUCGAGACGCAUCAGGGGUGAAGCGGCCGUGCCGUCGUCGUCUCCCAUGUUCUUCCAAUCCUCGCCGUCGAAAGCAAACAGCAGUGCUGCUCAGACCCCGGACGUCAGGAUGGAUGAACCGAGCUCACCAGUGCGAGCGCCCUCGUCGAUGAAUGACGGGGAGACCACACCACGGGGGAAUGGACAGGCUAUGAGAGAUUCGUCGCCCAUUCGAUACAUGUCGAGCUCCAGCCCCACGCGUGCACACAGCCGUCCAGUGGGACGAUCUGAUAUCCCCAGCAGCAGUAGUGGCCUGUUUGUGUCGUCCCGCUCCGCAACCGGUGGCCAGCGCACCGCGCCCCGCCGUAAUGAUCUUGACGCGGGUGGCUUCGGCUCUACCCCCAGCCGUCGACGCAGGGUCUUCGUCGAUGCUAACGGCAUGCCGGCCGGCACUGACGAGCCUCAGUCCGACGCGACGUUCUCCAACAUUCACCCGGAUACCUCGGAGGCUGAAGCCCUCGGUGGCAGCUCGACCCGUGUGAUCUGGGGUACGAAUAUCUCGAUCCAGGACUCUAUGUCGGCAUUCAAAAGCUUCCUCUACAACUUUGCCACUAAAUACCGACUAUGGGGGGAUGGGGCCAGUGAUGACGAGACCCGCCGUAUGGGAGAUGCGGCCGAGGUGAAGGAGUACAUUAACAUGCUGAACGUGAUGCGUCAACUGGGUGUCACUAGCAUGAACUUGGACGCCCGGAACCUCAAGGCCUACCCGUCGACACUCAAGCUGUGGCAUCAGCUGCAUGCUUACCCCCAGGAAAUCAUUCCUCUGAUGGAUCAGACCGUGAAAGACGUCAUGGUGGAGCUAGCGAUCAAGGAGGUGGAACGUCUGAGGACUCACUCCCAGCGCAAUCAGAAUCAUUCGAGGGAUCUGAGCUCGGCUCCUCCCGCCCCCAGCUCCGAUGCGCUGAGCGAGACGGGCCGGAUGCCUCAGACCGAGAUUCCCGAUUUGGUGGGAGAAGUCGAGACCAAGGCCUUCAAGGUCUUGCCAUUCGGCCUCGACUCCACCGUGAACAUGCGAGAGCUUGAUCCCGCUGACAUGGACAAGUUGGUCAGCAUCAAGGGCUUGGUCAUUCGAGCCACUCCUAUUAUUCCCGACAUGAAAGAAGCCUUUUUCCGUUGCCAGAUGUGCAAUCACUCGGUCCAGGUGGACAUUGACCGAGGAAAGAUCGCGGAGCCCACCAUCUGCCCUCGGCAAGUCUGCCAGGAGAAGAACUCCAUGCAGAUCGUCCACAACCGCUGCACAUUCGCCGACAAACAGGUCAUCAAGCUACAGGAGACACCCGAUAACGUUCCGGACGGCCAGACCCCUCACUCGGUUUCGCUCUGUGUGUACGACGAGCUGGUGGAUAUCUGCAAAGCGGGCGACCGAGUCGAGGUCACCGGCAUCUUCCGGUGCAACCCGGUGCGCGUAAAUCCUCGCCAGCGGACCCAGCGAGCUCUCUUCAAGACCUACGUCGACGUGCUGCAUGUUCUCAAGACCGAUCGCAAGAAGCUGGGCGUCGACGUCUCAACCAUCGAGCAGGAACUGUCGGAGCAGACCGCCGGUGAUUCCGAACAGACUCGCAAGAUCUCCGCCGAGGAGGAAGAGAAGAUCAAGCGGACCUCCACCCGUCCCGACGUCUACGAACUCCUGGCGCGCUCCGUGGCUCCGAGUAUCUACGAGAUGGACGACGUGAAGAAGGGUAUCCUCUUGCAGAUGUUCGGUGGCACCAACAAAUCUUUUGAGAAGGGCGGGAGCCCCCGGUAUCGCGGUGAUAUCAACAUCCUCCUGUGCGGUGAUCCCUCCACCUCCAAGUCCCAGCUUCUCCGCUACGUCCACAAGAUCGCGCCUCGAGGUGUCUAUACCAGCGGUAAGGGUUCCUCCGCCGUUGGUCUUACGGCCUACGUGACGCGUGAUCCGGAAACGCGCCAGAUGGUGCUCGAAUCCGGUGCCCUGGUUCUCUCCGAUGGUGGCAUCUGCUGUAUCGACGAGUUCGACAAGAUGAACGAAUCGACCCGGUCGGUUCUCCACGAAGUGAUGGAGCAGCAGACCGUGUCUGUCGCCAAAGCCGGUAUCAUCACGACGCUGAACGCCCGAACCAGCAUCUUGGCCUCCGCCAACCCGAUUGGCAGCAAAUACAACCAAAGUCUUCCGGUGCCGCAGAACAUCGACCUGCCGCCCACCCUCCUGUCGCGUUUCGACCUGGUUUACCUGGUUCUGGACCGCGUGAACGAGCAAGAAGACCGCCGGCUGGCCAAGCAUUUGGUCAACAUGUACCUGGAGGACCGACCCGAGAAUGCCAGCGAGGAAGAGAUCCUGCCCAUUGAGUUCCUCACCGCCUACAUCACGUAUGCCAAAGCCAACAUUCACCCCAAACUGACCCCCGCCGCGGGAAGCGCCCUCUCCGACGCCUACGUGAGCAUGCGUCGCCUCGGCGAUGACAUCCGGUCAGCUGACCGUCGCAUCACCGCCACAACCCGCCAGCUGGAAUCGAUGAUCCGACUGUCCGAGGCGCACGCCCGCAUGAGGCUGUCCCCCGAAGUGACCGCCGACGACGUGGAGGAGGCCGUCCGUCUGAUCCGGUCGGCCAUCAAGGCGUCAGCCACAGACUCCCGGACGGGCCUGAUCGACAUGGGGCUGCUGACGGAGGGCACCAGUGCCAGCGAGCGGCGCAACAAGGAAGCCCUGAAGCGCGGCAUCAUGGGAAUGAUCGACGAAGUGGGCAGUGGCGGCACCGCUCGCUGGGCGGAUCUCUACCGCACUCUGAACGAGAAGAGCGACGGGCUGGACGGCGGCGUGUUUACCGACGCGGUGCGGGCGCUGGAGUCCGAAGGCGCCGUCCACGUGCUGGGCGAAGGGGCGCGGAGGAGCAUCCGACGGAAAUUCGGCGAACACCUCCGCUCCUCCAUAAUCAAGGAGUUCUACUGGUACUACAUCGCCUACGACGACCUCAAAAAAGCUCUCAAAACCGAAUACGUCACCGACCCGACCCCCGAAUGUCCCAAACCCGACCGCAAGCCCUGGACGGAAGACGACGAGAAGAACUUCGUGGGCCUGCUCGAGAGCGAGCUCGAUAAAGUCUUCAACUUCCAGAAAAUCAAGAGCGAGGAGAUCGUCCGUCGCAUUCAGGCUAGCGAGCAAGAGGUUUCCUCCGUCGUGGCCCGACUUGACAGGGCCUCGGACUCGUCGCGGAGAGGGAGCUCCGUCCGUGCGGGCGCCGGCGGCGCUCCUUCCGAUGAGGAUUUUUGGCUCCUGGAGCAGAUGCUGAGUGACAUCAUUGCUGAUGUGCAUGAUUUGGCCAAGUUCACGCAGCUGAAUUAUACGGGGUUUCAGAAGAUUAUUAAGAAGCAUGAUAAAGGAACUGGCUGGCAUCUUAAGCCCGUCUUCGCGGCCCGCCUCAAUGCAAAGCCCUUCUUCAAAGAUAACUAUGAUGCCUUUGUUAUCAAGCUCUCCAAACUAUAUGACCUCGUCCGGACGAAAGGCAAGCCCGUCAAAGGUGACUCGUCUGCGGGCGGUACGCAGCAGAAUUUCGUCCGUCAGACGACCAAGUACUGGGUGCACCCUGAUAAUAUCACGGAGCUCAAGCUUAUUAUCCUAAAGCACCUUCCUGUUCUCGUCUUCAAUUCCCGCAAAGAAUUCGAGGAGAAAGACACCGCCAUCUCUUCCGUCUACUUCGACAACCCAGACACGUGGGAAUUGUACAUGGGGCGCUUGAAGAAAACAGAGGGUGCAGAAGCGAUUCGGUUACGUUGGUACGGUGGCAUGGAAAGCGAUCAGAUCUUCGUCGAGCGCAAGACGCAUCGCGAGGAUUGGACCGGAGAGAAGUCGGUCAAGGCGCGUUUCAGCUUGAAGGAAAAGUACGUGAAUGCGUAUCUGGCGGGUCGCAUAACCGUCGAGAGCAUCUUCGAUAAAAUGCGAAGGGAGGGCAAGAAGAGCGAAAGCGAGAUCGACGACCUGGAGCAAUUAGCCCGAGAGAUCCAAUAUCGCGUGAUCACCCGGCGGUUGAAGCCGGUCAACAGGACCUUCUACCAUCGCACGGCCUUCCAGCUACCUGGAGAUGCCAGAGUCCGCAUCUCGCUCGACACCGAGCUUUCCAUGAUCCGAGAAGAUAACAUGGGCCGUCGGAGAGCGGGAGACAACUGGCGUCGCAUGGAUAUUGGCGUCGACUUUCCCUUCUCCCAACUGCCCCCGGAAGAUAUCGAGCGAUUCCCUUAUGCUGUGCUUGAGGUCAAGCUCCAAACUCAGGCUGGGCAGGAACCGCCCAUGUGGAUUAGAGAUUUGACCGCCAGUCAUCUCGUGGAGGCCGUGCCCAAAUACAGCAAAUUCAUCCACGGAACGGCGACCUUGUUCCCCGACCUUAUCAAUUUACUACCAUUCUGGAUGCCGCAGAUGGAUGUGGAUAUCCGGAAACCCACCAAUCGUCGCUUUGGUAUUCAACGGCCCUUGGCAAGUACUUCGUUAUCGGCAAAUGAAACCCAAGAGGAUGAUGAGUCGGACGAUGACGACUUGGAUGCGCGACAGGACACGACGAAUGGACAGGCCCGCGAAGCGCCAGCAGUAGACCAAAGUCCCCCAAAUGUUCUCUUCGCGGGCGCGGGCGGGAACGCUUUGGAUAUUGAGGAGCGCAUCGCUGCUCAGCCUCUGCCGGGGGAUGAAGACUACCCUUUGUACGAUUCCGAUGAAGAGUCUGUAGACUCCGAUGAGCUGGAAGAAGCCCGUCGGGUGGGUGGGACGUACUACUACAAACAGCUGUUCAAACACUAUUCUCACCGCAUGGGACAUGCUUUGGUGAACACGCUUCAUGCUCUCACGCCACGCCCGAGACCGACGACCUUACCUCCCCCAGAAACCUCAGGUAUCGCCGUGAUAGGGAACCAGCGCAGCGUCAAGCGAUUCGUGGCGCCCAAGGGCAAACGUAUCCACGUCCCCGUCCGCGUCGAACCCAAAGUCUACUUCGCCGCCGAACGAACCUUCCUCUCCUGGCUCGAAUUCUCCAUCCUCCUAGCCACAAUCGCAGCAACCCUCCUCAACUUCGGCGACGACUACAUCACAUUCGGCUGUUCCUGGGCCUUCACAAUCCUAGCCGCCAUGUCCCUCGUCUACAGUCUGGUGCUGUACAUCUGGCGCGUCGACAAGAUCCGCAAGCGCCGCGACGUGAAGAGAGUGUACUAUGAGAAAUGGGGACCCACCGUCGUGGGCGUUGGACUGGUGGUGGUCAUUCUGGUCAAUUUUGGCUUGCGAGUCCGGCAGUCCGGGUUUGUUUCUGACGUUGGUCGACAGGGCGGGGUGGAUAUUGAGCCUGUGUUGGGGGGUGGCGAGUUAUGA